UUCCCAAGCAUGAUUCCAAAGUCCAAGCUGCAAAUUGAAGGGGGAAGGGAAGUACGCAGGCAAUGAAGAGUGCAGUGAGCAUACAUAGGCAAUUUGUUGUGCUUCUCUGGAAUAUAAUUCAGCACACCUGAAAUGAAGACAGAAUGAGGAAUAUAAGGCCUUUUUCUGUGUCUGAGACCAAGACAGAGAUGGUGGACACCAGGAGAGCAACGUGGUCUGUGCUGAGUUUCGGGCUGGAGAUGUGGGAGCAGGCAGAGACACAUGACAAGGUGAACGGCUUCGAAAUGAAGACCCAGUCAGGUCUAGACUACUGUCAUCUCCCUUCUCUGGAGCGCUGCCACAGCAGUCUUCAGCGCCCAGACACACUCCCCUCACACGGCCAGUUUCCAGUAAAUGAUGAUCCCGUGUCACUUCCUCAGCCUGGUGACUAUGGAGUUGUUCACCGGUCUAGACCUUUCCCUCAAUCAAAGCUUCCUACUUACACAGACCCCAACUCUCUGCUCAACAUCGACUGUAGAGUUUGUGGAGACAUGUCCACAGGCUUUCACUACGGCGUCCACGCCUGUGAGGGCUGCAAGGGAUUCUUCCACAGAACCUUGAGAUUAAAACUGGCGUAUGAUCCCUGUGAUCUGAACUGUCGGAUUCAAAAAAAUAACAGGAAUAAGUGCCAGUACUGUCGCUUUCAGAAAUGUCUGCUUGUGGGCAUGUCACAUGAUGCCAUCCGCUUUGGCCGCAUGCCCCAGGUGGAGAGAGAGAAGCUGCUGGCAGAGUUCAUGGAUGUGGACAGCAGAAUUCCACAGUCAGCUGACCUGAGAGCCCUGGCUAGACAGCUGUGUCUCUCUUACCACAGACUUUUUCCUGUGACGAAGAGCAAGGCUAGGUCCAUCCUCUCUGGGAAGACCAAUGGAAACCCACUUUUUGUCAUCCAUGACAUGAAUUCCCUGAUGGCAGGUCAGCACUUCAUAAAGUGUCGAAAUCUCCCAGUACUGGAACCCCCAGAACCAGCAGGAGAGCUUGCACUCUCCAUCUUCCGCCGGAUUCAGUUCCGCUCAGCAGAAACCGUACAGGAUGUCACAGAGUUCGCCAAGAGCAUCCCUGGGUUCACCGAGCUGGACAUGAAUGACCAGGUUACCCUGCUGAAGUAUGGGGUCAUUGAAGUCAUGAUGACCAUGAUGGCGCCGCUCAUGAACAAGGAUGGCACGCUGCUAGCCAGCGGACAGAUCUUCAUGACCCGGGAGUUCCUCAAGACUUUGCGAAGGCCCUUCUGUGAGAUGAUGGAGCCCAAGUUUGACUUUGCUGUGAAGUUCAACACGCUGGAGCUGGAUGAUAUUGACAUGGCUCUCUUCCUCGCCGUCAUCAUACUCAGUGGAGACCGUCCCGGCCUGGUGAACGUGAAGCCCAUUGAGGACCUCCAGGAAACAGUACUGCAAUCUCUGGAGCUGCAGCUGAAAACCUUCCACCCAGACUGCCCCCAGCUGUUUGCCAAGCUACUACAGAAGAUGUCCGACCUGCGGCCACUUGUGGCUGAGCAUGUCCGCCUGAUCCACCUGCUCAAGAAACACGAGCAGGAGAUGUGUCUACACCCCCUGUUGCAGGAGAUCAUGACAGAUCUGUACUAGAUCAGUUGGGGACUUGGUUUAACGAAGAAGAAGAAAAGGUAACUACAGUAGUUGUGAUACUAGCAGUAGAGGGUUAUCCCAACCUCUUUGACGUAACAAGAUCACCAUGUAUUCCACAUCAUGUUUCACUGGAUCUGCAAAAUGAGGGCCCAGUGUUCAGGACCAUAUCUGUAAAUACGUGGAGGGCCAAGUAUGUAUGGUCCUGUCUGCAUUUUCCUAAGGGGCCAAUGCAAAUUUUGACGUUGAGGUAAUUUGGCCCCUCCAUUGUGACGGCUCCCAAUUUACAAACAUUGUUUGACCUGCCUAGACCUGUCAGAGUUCACUGUAACUUGAUGUGCUUUAUUUGCCUUAAAAUAAUUGACAGUAGUACGUCAUAACAAAAAUAAACACUGUGACCUGAGGCCUUAUCAAACCUGUGGUCCGGUGGGACUAGAAGACAACAAGACAGUGACAGAGGUUGAAUAAAUUCCUUCACAUGUUUUUGUCAUCACAAAUCCUCAAGCUGGAUAGAAAAAAAAAGACUCUGAUGUUCCAACUAUAAUUUCAACAUAAAUCACCUAUUAUUCUGGUGUAAAGUCCAGCAGUGGCAACUGAAGAUACCGAAAUGGAAUUUUUUCAUAUCAACAUGCUUCCAAUCAGCUGUAAAUUACAUAAUGCUGUGGUACAUUGCUAACGUGUCUGUGUGUGUCUGUGUCUGUGUGUGUGUGUGUGUGUGUGUGUAUAUGUGUUUGUGUAUGCGGCUCACUAGAAUCUUUUAUGACUCACACUCUAGUGGAAAGUCACAUGUUGCCAACUUGCUGAAAAUCUGACUUCAUAUUACAGACAUUACACAUAUUUGUUUUUGUUGUCCAAGUAGUUGAAGUUAACGUUGCUUGUAAAACUCUAGCUAAACACAUUUUUUUGCCAGACAGUAAACAAUCGAAUGGCCUACACAUGAAGGGACACAGAGGCAUUAUUUUUCACCAUUGGAUAAUGUUUUCUUCUGUAGAGAUUUUGACACUAGUGAAAUUUAAGGAAAUGUAUGAUAACAGAGACAUAGUAUUGUUGUUUGUUUGUUUUUUUUUGGGGGGGGGGGGCCUGCACAUUUUUUUGUAGGCUGGCUUUCCUGCACAUCAAAAAUACUGUAAAUCUUGUGUGUGCAGUAUUUACUGCAAAGUUUGAUAUUUAUCCAUAUGGAAUGUUGCAGGCAGCUAAACUGUGCACAAACUCUUGUAGCUCAGUAAUAGUAACUCUUGUAGUUCAGCCUUCUGGGGAGGAGUUAUCUAUAGGAGUUUAACUACAGUUCGGAAAGUAUUCAGACCCAUUUACUUUUCCCCAUUUAGUAAGUUGAGUAAAGUAAAAUUGAUUAAUUAUAUUUUUUUCCUGACCAAUCUACACACAAUAUCCCAUAACAACCAAGCAAAAUCAGGUUUCCUUAAAGUUUAGUAAAUUCAUAAAUAUAUAUUUUAUUAAUUUACAUAAUUAUUCAGACACCUUUACUCAGUGCUUCAUUAAAGCAUCUUUGGUAGCGAUUACAGCUUUAUGUGUCUUCUUGAGUAUGAAGCUACAAACUUGCUACACUUGUAUUUUGCUGAGUCUCUCAAACUACAUUGUGUCAAAUGGGAAACGCGGUAGGCUCUGGUUGGGUCACUUGAGGACAUCACAGGCCUGCCCAGAAGCAACUCCAGCAUGGUCCUGUUGAACCUUUGCUCCCAUCUGAAGUGUUUAGUGCUCUGGAGCGGGUUUACAUCAAGGACCUGUCUGUACUUUGCUCUGUUAAUCUUUUCCUUAGUCCUGACUAGUCUCAAUCCCUGCCUUUGAAAACAUCCCCACAGCAUUUUGCUGCCACCACCAUGCUUCACCAUAGGGAUGGUAUGGGCUAAGUGAUGAGUGGUGCCUGAUUUCCCCUAGACGUGAUGCUUGGCAUUCAGGCUAGAGAGUUCGAUCUUGGUUUCAUAAGAUCAGAUAAUUUUAUUUCUCAUGUGCCUUUUACUCUGAAGUGGCUCCCAUCUGGCCACUUUAUUAUAAAAGCCUGAUUGGUGAAGUGCUGCAGAGAUGUACAUCCUUCUGGAAGGUUCUCAUUUCCACCCAGGAAUUCUGGAGCUCAGUCAUAAUGAACAACCGUGUUGUUGGUCACUUGCCUGACCAAUGCCUUACUCCUGUGAUUGCUCUCUUUGACCGGGCGGCCCACUCUAGGAAGAGGGUUGGUGGUUUCAAACUUCUUCCAUUUCAGAAUGAUGGACCCAAUAAUUUUUUGGUGACCUUUAAUGCCAAAAAUGUUUUGCUAGCAUUCCCCAGAUCUGUGCCUUGACACAACCCUGUCUUGGCAGUCUACGGACAGUUCCUUCAAGCUCAUGAAUUGUUUUUUGCUAUGACACAGGGACCUUAUAUAGAAAGGUGUGUGUCUUUCCAGAUCAUGCCCAAUCGUUUGAAUUUACCACAGGUGUGUUCCUAUUAAGUUAUAGAAACAUCUCAAGAAGGAUCAGUGGGAACAGGAUAUAGAUGUUGCAUUUGACAGCUCCAUGUCCAUCAAACUUAAGUGAUAAAGAGAAGGGAGAAUCACAAUGUAGACAAGGAUCAUGAAAAAUACAACAUUAGUACCAAGUAAACAUUACAUUCUGCAUUAUUACAGUGCUUUGUUCUUCUGCUGUGUCAUCAUAAUGAAUAAACACUUUUAAGUAGGACAAUAAUUUUAGCAUUCUGCAAUAAAUUCUGGCAAUUGUUGUAACAAUAAAUAAACA